GUCCUGCCGGAAAUCUAAAAGACACCGGAAAUAGAGUGGCCGUGGAAAUCUUAAAUGUUGUAGUCAUUCUAGUGUUACUUCGCUGGCGGGUCCGCGAGGUGGUUUGGAACUUUUCCAUCCGGGACUCUUUGGCCUCCGUGGGCGGAAGUCGCUGUCCGGCGUGCCGGGUGCAGAGCCCUCGGAGGUGCAGUGGGAGUGAUUUACAGUGUCUCAGAGAUCCCUGAAAUCAUUCAGGCCUCAGGAUUUCCUGCUGUGCCACAGCCCUUCUUCAAUGUCUGUGACUCUUGAGGGAUUUGGAUUUGCUACCAAGAAAACCUCAAGAAUAGAAGACAGAGGGGUCAUGGCUGCAGAUACGAAUUUCCAGCAGAAGACCCAGCCAUUGGGUGCAGAGGAGCAGCAUGAGUCAUGUGAGAGAUGGAUGUCCUUUGAGGAUGUGACUGUGAACUUCAGCCAGGAGGAAUGGCAGCAACUAGACUCUACCCAGAGAUGCCUGUACCAGGAGGUGAUGCUGGAGAUCUACAGCCACCUCUUGGCAGUGGGGUAUUCCAUUCCCAGCCCUGGAGUCCUCUUUAGGAUGGAAAAAGGAAAGGGAGCACAGGCAGCAACGGCUGAAUUCCCAGGCCAGCGACGUCAAGAAAAAUCAGAAAAUGAUACCUCACCACAGAAAGUGUCUGAGAAAGCUUCAGUUCAUAGCAAUAUGGCAAGUGAAGUCACAAGAGGUGGUUCAAGGUGUUCCCUUUUACAAGAACUAUGGCAGGGUGCUGACAUUACAAAGGGAGAUCAACAAAACCAGAUUCUACUCUUCCCUCCUGUUUCUUUCCUCAAGAAAACUCUGAACAAAAAUAGUGGUCAUGAAUAUCAAAAGCCAGGGGAAACCAUUCCUUUGGGACCCUACCUCAUUUCAACACAAGAGGGUCUUCCACAAUAUUGCUCACUUCCAAAAAAUUUGGACCUAAACCUAGGAGCAAAUGGUCAGAAUGAAAGAGAUCAGCUCAUUGACAUAGUUGCAUCCAGUCAGCUCUUUAUACCAGGCUCCUGUAAUGCUAACUGUAUGGUUACUCAUGGAGGAGAAGAAUCAUACAGAAGUACUGAGAAUGGAGAUGUUCUCAACCGUAAACAACCACUGCUCUGUGGAAACGGUUUACAGAAGAAAGCAGAUGAAGGUUCUCAGUGUCAGGAGGUACUCUAUGCCAUAUCUUUGCCUAAACCUGAGAUCACUCUCACUGCGGACAGACCUAUUGUUUCCUACAAUGGUGGGAAGGCUUUCAUUUAUGUGUCGGAUUCACUGGGCCAUCAGUUCCAGCUGAAGGUGAACCAUCUAGUUCACACAGGAGGGGACCCUUACAAGUGCAGCAGCUGUGAGAAAUCCUUUUGUACUGAGGCUGCACUCCAACAGCACGAGCAAAUUCAUACAGAAGAGAAACCAUAUGUGUGUACUCUUUGUGGGAAAGCCUUCAGUGAUGGGUCAGCUUUCUAUGAGCACGAAUUGAUUCACAAGAAUCACACACCUUUUAUCUGUGACAUUUGUGGGAAGGCCUUCUUACGUAAAUCAGAGUUGACAUCCCAUAAACAAAGUCACAAUGGAGAGAAGCCUUACAAAUGCAAUGACUGUGAGAAAUCAUUUAAAUUUCCAUCCCAACUGAAGGUGCAUCGGCAAAUUCAUACGGGUGAGAAGCCUUAUGAAUGCCGUGAAUGUGGAAAGUCAUUCAGUAAAACAGCCAAACUCAAGGUGCAUCAACGGAUUCACACAGGGGAGAAACCUUAUGUGUGUUCUCAAUGUGGAAAGGCCUUCAAUCAGAAAUCAAUACUAGACCGGCAUGAAAAACUUCACCCUGGGGAGAAGCCUUACAAAUGCAGUGACUGUGGGAAGUCAUUUAAUUAUCCAUCCCAACUGAAGGUCCAUUGCCAUAGUCACACAGGGGAGAAACCUUACAAAUGCCAUGAGUGUGGAAAAUCAUUUAAUUUUCCAUGUGAACUGAAGGUGCAUUAUCAGAAUCACACGGGAGAGAAGCCUUACAAAUGCCGUGAAUGUUGGAAACUGUUCAGUAAAAUGUCCCAACUGAAGGCACAUUAUCGAGUUCACACAGGAGAGAGACCUUAUAAAUGCAGCCACUGUGGAAAAGCCUUCUCUACUAAGGAACAAGUCCAAGAGCAUGAGCGAAUCCACACAGGAGAGAAGCCCUUUGUGUGCACUGAAUGUGGAAAAGCCUUCAGUAGCAGGUCAUCUUUUCGUAAACAUCAGUUAAUUCACACUAAAGAGAAACCUUUUGUCUCUCAGAAAUGUGAGACAGGUCUCCAGGAAUCUACUUUGGCACCCCAUCAGCAACUUCAUAUUGGUGAGAAACCUUACAAAUGCCCUGACUGUGGGAAGUUGUUUAAUUAUCCAUCCCAGUUGAAGUCACAUUAUCAAAUCCAUACAGGAGAGAAGCCUUGUAAAUGUCCUGACUGUGGGAAAUCAUUUAGUAAAACAUCUCAACUGAAGGCACAUUCUCGAAUACACACAGGGGAGAGGCCUUAUGUGUGUUCUGUGUGUGGGAAGGCCUUUAAACAGUUGUCAACCUUGAGUAGACAUGAAAAAAUUCACAUGGUGGAAAAGCCUUAUAAAUGUAGUUUCUGUGGGAAGUCAUUUUGCUCUCCAUCUGAACUGAAGGUGCAUCUUCUAAUUCACACGGGGGAGAGACCUUACAAAUGCAACAGCUGUUGGAAAGCCUUUUGUACUAAGGUCCAACUCCAAGAACAUGAGCGAAUUCACACGGGAGAGAGACCUUAUGUGUGCACUCAUUGUGGGAAAGCCUUUAGAAGCAGAUCAGUUUUCUCUAAACAUAAGUUGAUUCACAGGAAGGAAAUACCUUUUAUCUGUGAGAGAUGUGGGAAAGUGUUCUUACAGAAGUCAGAGUUGACAUCUCAUCUACAAACUCACAUUGAAGACAAGCCUUAAGGAAUGUCAAGACUGGAAAAUAGUUUAGGCAGAUACACAACUGAGUGUGCACCAUCAAAUUCACUUGGUAAAGAAGCCUUCCAAAUGCAGCAACUGGGCUUGGCUUCUAAUGCCCAACUCCAACAGUAUGAACAAAUGAAUUCAUCCAGGAGAGACCUUUGUGCUCUGAAUGUGGAAAAGUCUUCAGUAACACGUUAACUUCAUAGACAUCAGAUGUCUCAUACUACCAUGAGACCAUUGUCUCUCAGUGUGGGUCAGAUUUGGUAUCUGGUAGAGAAAGUCAUUGAAGAGUAGACUUUGGAAUGUCAUGACUUGGAAAUCAUUUCUGUAUCAGAGAUUAGUCCCAUCAUCAGUUCAUAGGUGGGAUGCCCUAAGUGUUCUGAAUGAAGGAAGGUUCUUAACAGGUCAGAAUUCAGCAUAUAUAUUACACAACUCAUAUCACAAUUAAUUUUUUACAGGUGCUGUUCUACAUGACAGGUCUUACUAAGAAAUGAAUUCCUAGCUUUUUAGCACAUUCCAAAAUGAAAUUUCUUUAUUUACUUGAAGUUCUUUUUAUGCCAAGAUCUAAUUGCACAUUGCCUGAUUAAUACUACAGAAAACAAAUUUGUUUAUUGAUUGUUUAGACAGCAAACAUGCAUGAGGAAUGUCACAAAUUAGUAAUGAUAAGCACACAUGUUUGUACUUGUUAAACAUGAAUUUCAUUUCACAUUGACCUUGACUAAUUUUAGAAGUGUUUUUGUAGAAUGUAAUAUGAGAUACAUUUUACUAAAGUAUUGGAAAGUUUAAGAGAAUUUAAGUCAUUAAGAUAUUAAGUCACUAUUAAUUAAGUCAUUGAGAUAUUCCCAUUUGUUGUGGGAGUAAAACCCUUAAGUGCCAGCCAUGAGAAUAGUAGGGUGGUUUUAUAAAUGGGCAUAUGUAUGUAUGAACUAUAUAUAUGUUUGUUAAGUAUAUGUACACAUGUGCCUGUAUUUAGCCAGUGCCUGUAUGAACUUGUAUGUAAUCUCAAAAUUUUGUGGAGUUUUCUAUAGAAUUAACUGCAAAAUAGAAAGCAGUAGUUUAUUAUUAAAAAGUACAUUCAUUUAUCUUGUAUAUAUACGUAUGUACAUGUGCUGCUAGGUAUAUGUGGCUGUAGAUAAGUACAUCAGUGAGAGUCUUUGAUCUCUCACCAUGUGGAUCCUGGGUAUUGAAUUUGGAUUUAUCAGGCUUGGUAAUAGUCACCUUUACCCACUGAGCCAUCUUGCUCUGUAGCUAUUAUUAUUUUUAUUUAACAGUUUCUAUAUUGAGUUUGCACCAUCAAUUUUUUUUUUAUUAUAUGGUUGUCUUUGAAUAAAUGAGAUCUAGGG